AUGUUUCCACCAAGAAACAGCAGUUGUGAUCGUGAGGACAUCAUAGCCCCCAAGUUCAAGAACGAGGCGGCGCUCAAGUUGCAGCUUGUUUUGUCCCUUGCCCUCGGAUUCUCGGCUCUUAUUAUCUUUUGUAUACUUCGCCCGCGAUGGCCCUCACUCUACGCAGCCCACAAACGUCGUCUCAACUCGAAGAUCAACCUCCCGGCGUUGACAAACUCAUUUCUUGGGUGGAUUCCUCAGUUAUACAAUGUUAGCGAAACUCAAAUAUUGGCAGCUGCAGGACUGGAUGCAUUUGUGUUUCUGGCCUUUUUCAAAAUGGCUAUUCGCCUCUUCUGCAUUAUGGCAUUCUUUGCGAUAGUCGUUUUGGAGCCUAUCAAUCUGAAAUUUCGAAACUCACCGAAGCGAGAGGACGAUGACGUCGACCCAGAGCUUUUUGGCUCUCCGCGAAUAUCAUACGGAGGCGGCUUUGGCGCUUUCAAGGGUGGUAAGGACGAUGACCAAAGUCGCGAGCGGCCGUACAUGUGGGCAUAUGUCAUCUUCACAUACUUUUUUGCAGCUCUUACGCUAUAUUCGAUCAACUGGGAGACAUUUCGUAUCAUAGAUCUCAGACAAAAGUAUCUGGGGUCGCAAUCGACGGUCACAGAUCGCACGUUUCGUCUCACAGGCGUACCCAUUAAGCAUAGGUCAGAAGAAAGGAUUAAGGAGCUCAUUGAAAAACUCGAGAUUGGCCUUGUGGACUCUGUGACGUUAUGCAGGGACUGGAAGUAUCUCGAUGAGCUGAUCAAGAGGCGAGACCUGCUGUUGCGAAAACUUGAGGCCUCGUGGGCGAAAUGUCUUAAGAUGCAGGAAUCUUCGACGAAGCAACAUAGUGAUGCGACGCAAACGCAGGAUGCAGACGAGGACGCCAAUGGCCAUGGUGUUAAUGGUGAUGAAGAAGCUGCCGAGAAUGCCCGGUUACUAUCCAGCGAACAGGGCCGACCGCAUAUUUUUGAGGGUGACCGUCCGCAGGUUACCAUCCGAUACGGCCCUCUGCUUCUCCGAAGCCGCAAAGUCGAUGCUAUUGACUACUACGAGGAGAAGUUGCGACGAAUGGACGAGGAGAUUCUCGAAGCACGAAAGAAGGAAUACCAAGCUACGGACACGGCUCUUGUCACCAUGGAUUCAGUCGCAUCUUGUCAGAUGGUUAUCCAGGCUAGAAUAGACCCUCGACCUGGUAGAUUCUUGACCAAGCCCACACCCUCGCCUUCCGAUCUGGUGUGGAAGAACACUUACGCUCUGCGAGGCAUCCGGCGGCUGAAGGCAUGGGCUAUUACGCUGUUUAUCGUGGUAUUGACAAUUCUAUGGAUAUUUCCGACAGCUUUCCUGGCAUCGUGGCUCAGCAUAUGCAUGAUCGACAGUUUCUUGCCAAAGUUUGCGUCGUGGUUGAAAGAGCACCCCUUGAUCAGAUCAUUCUUUCAAAACACUGCACCGACAUUGAUUGUGUCGUUGCUCAAUGUUUCAGUUCCAUAUGUCUAUGACUGGUUGUCGAAUCACCAAGGUAUGGUCUCUCAAGGAGAUGUCGAGCUGUCUGUCAUCUCUAAAAACUUCUUUUUCACAUUUUUCAACACCUUCUUCGUCUUUGCGGUUUCGAGAACCGGUGUAGAUUUCUUUAAUGUGUUGAGGCGUUUUAUCAAAGACACCAGCCUGAUCCCAACAAUCAUCGCUCGCGAUGUGGAGGAUCUUUCAAGCUUUUACACCUCCUUCAUCAUGCUGCAGGGCAUCGGCCUCAUGCCUUUCCGAAUCCUGGAAGUCGGAAGCGUCGUUCUUUACCCAAUAUACCGAUGGCUGUCUACAACGCCCCGGGAUUUCAGCGAAUUACAGCAGCCCCCAAAGUUUCAGUACGGCUUCUACCUGCCCACUGCAUUGCUCGUCUUCAACUUGUGUAUCAUCUAUAGUGUCCUGCUAGAGGGUUGGAAGAUUCUGAUGGUUGGCAUCAUUUACUUUGCCCUCGGGUAUUUUACCUUCAAGUACAUGCUACUGUACGCGAUGGAUCAGCCUCAACAUGCUACGGGCGGUGCGUGGCGUAUAAUUUGCUACCGCAUUGUCAUCGGCCUCCUUGUUUUCGAGACAGUCAUGGUGGGGCAAAUUGCCUCCUCCAGGGCGUUCAUACAGUCUGUAGCGGUCUUGCCCCUUCUCCCGUUUACGAUUUGGUAUAGCUACUACUUCAGCCGACGGUUUGAGCCUCUGACGAGGGUGAUCGCCUUGAGAGCGAUCCGGAAUGGUGGGGACCAAAGCGAAGAAAGGGAGGAGGAGGCAGUGGAGGAGGAAAUCUCAGAUGAUGACGUCCCGCACUUCCAACGCCAAAUCCUGAGAAGGGGGAGUACUCUAGAUGAGUUCAAAGAGAGGGGGUUGACAUUUGUCAAUCCCAGCCUCGUCCUUCCGCUACAACUACCAUGGAUCUACCGCGAUCCGCCACCGUUUCCUGAUGAUGAUGCCACGACUGAAGGUGGCCGCUCCUCGCAGGGACACCCUACUUUGAUCUUGCCAAACGCCGACAGCUCCUUGGGUAUCGGGGAAGAUAAUGUAUGGAUAGACAGCACGCAGAGGCGUUAA